UGUCUCUCGAUGUUCGACCACUGGGCAAUCGUUCCGGGUGACCCUCUCGACAAAGCAAUUCUGCUGCGCCCCCUGGAGCCCGCUCCCGCUCCGCAUCUCGCCAGAGAAUUUCUGCUGAAAACGCGAAGGAGAAAGGGUCUCAGUGAAGACGUCUCGAUUGCCAAGUUCUUCGAUGAUCCUAUGUUGGUCAACAUCGCGACAGAUUUGCAGCAGUUUCUUUAG